AUGGUUUCGAAAUUCAUGCGAGUUGCUACUGCAGCAGCGAGAGAAGCGGCAGCACGCAUGCGUGCAGCCGGAGACAGUUCUUCUCACGCCUCAGCGGCAGGUGAUUCGUCGCCUGUUGUUGUGAACAGUCCACGUGGUGAGUCACCACGUGCGACAGGAACAUCCACUGCGUCUGCAGCGGGUAGUGCGAAUCUCCAUGCAGAUGAGUAUGAGAUAGAGAUCAUCGAUUCUGGCGAGUCGUAUGAUGCUUUCAAAUUAAAGGCGACACCACACGCCUCCGGGUCAUCCGGGGCAGACACUUCAAGAGCCAGUUUGACAGGCUCUGGAGAACUUGGCGGCAUCAUGCUCGAGAUCUUCGAACCGAGCGAUUGUUCCGACGAAUCGUUGCCUCACGCAAGUUCAUCCAACGAUAGGACGCGUGGUGGUGGUGGUGAUGCGUCUAAACAUCACCAUGAGCGAAGUAACACGAGGGAUCGAGCUGCUACUGGUGUCAGUGCUCAUGCUGACACCAAUCAAGAGGCCAGGGACCGAAUUGACCUGCGCCACGCUCCACAAGUGGAGUCUCCAUGGACGCCGCCAUCCAGAGAGUUGGACCGGUUGGCCGGCAUGGCCACCGAACGGGAUCGAAUCCCGUUAUACGAUUGCAAGAAGAUUCGCCCUCCUGAUUCCAGCACGGAAACUAUCCGUGCUGAGGAAGAGUUCUUCACCGAUGCGUUCUUUAAACAUCGGUGGUACAAUGAUAGCCUUGUUCGAGACGGCAAAGCCUUGGUCCAAAGAUGA